AUGUAUGAUGGUUCCUCCCUGUCGGAUAGAGGCCAAGCUAAUGCAUUUCACCGAUCCACAGAUCAAGUAGGCAGUGCCAUCGAAGGUUUCAUCUGGCCAAAGAUUUUCUGGGAUUUCAUGACGAAGAACCUCAACGGCGCAGUAAAACCGAUCCCAGUGUUACAAAUUCUCAACCUGCUCAUGGGAUUGCUCGGUCUCGCAUGGGAAUGGCCACUGAAAUACUUUGCUGGAACUUUACCGCACCGCAGUAUCGAAUUCCGCCUUAUCCUAUAUCCUCUUAGCGCUCUACUUUCUAUGCUCCUAUAUCAGGGAACCGAUCCCGCCAUCUAUUACCUUGUCGGAAUAGGUGUAUACUUCUGGGCUUAUUCCGAAGGCGAGUAUAACGAUGCGUGUUCAGCGCUUGAAUUACGACCUAAUGACUUGAAACGACAUAAUUAA